UAUAUAUAUAUAUUUUCUCUCAACAGACAUAAAGAAAGUGAGAAAAAAAGGGAAAGAAAAGAGAGAAGAGGCGACCGUGGCAACACUACAAGCCAAGUAGCAGUGUUACCAAUCGCGGGCGGGUUAUUCUCACCGUGGACAUGAGGGCGAUGGAUAUUUUCACCCCGGUUUCGGCGCUGUUUGAAGAUGCCGAGAGAGAGUUAGACACGUGGGCGGAGAACAACAGGAACCUGCAGAAGGACAUCGACGGCCUGCGCGAGCUGGUGCGGACGCUGACGGCCAACGCCAGGCAGAUUCACCGCGAGUCGGACGCGCCCAGGGAGGUGUCCUUGGCAGUUGACCCGCAAGUGAAACUGAGAAUGGGGAACACUAGGAACAUAGCCAGCUUGUUUGAAAAACAGAAGAGCAAACCAGGACUUCCCACAGGAGCACUUCAAGGUCAAAGGUCAACCAAGGUCACCAGCGUCUAUAGGAGAUCAAUCCCCUAUAAAACUCAUGUGCCUGAAGUUCGAUUUUCGUCUCAUAUUUAA